GUAAGGCGUCUGACUACGACUUUCACGUAAUCAGGAGAUCGUGGUUUCGAUCACCACAUCGGUCUAUGAGGUUACCACUUUUUUUUUAUAUGCCUCAAUUGCGUUUCUUCCUUUCUUUUUCUGGGCUCGCCCUCUGGCCGAUCGAAUGGGGUCACAACCGCGACCUAUUGACACAUGAAUGAGCAAGGCUAUCCAUACAUACAGAGAUCGAGCAUCUCUGAACUAAGCCCAGGGAUGAUACACAUUGCGCACUGCAUGCAGAUAGACAUCAUCAGUCCGAGUGCCACUAAUCACUUCGCCACCACCCGUGUUUCAACGCGUUCAUUGGUUUUGAUACCUUGAUUGAUUAAUGGCUCGACCUCUGUUAUCAUAGUGGACCAUCGAACCAGGCGUUGGACACACAGCGAUGGCGACAAAAGCCAGCUCCCUUGGUCUAGGCCAUGCCUCGUCGUCUCUCAAGAAACCCAGUCAUGAUCGACGAGAACCAUCAGGAGGGGCCUUUACGAUGUUUACACCGUCUCAAGUCAAGCAAUUCAAGGAGGCCUUCAACAUGAUUGACCAAGAUGGAGAUGGCAGAGUCACAGAAUCCGAUCUUAAAAUCAUGCUUUCAAACCUUGGCCAGACCCCGACUUCUAAAUUGCUCAAUGAUCUCCUUAACAGUCGAGAGGAUACGAGAUCCGGAGUCAACUUCACUCAAUUCUUAUCGAUGAUGGGAGAGCAUCUGCUUGAACUCGAUCAUGAGCAGGAAAUCGUCGAUGCAUUUGCGUGCUUUGACGAAGGGGAUAAGGGUGUUGUUCAAGUAUCAGAAAUGAGGAAAUGGUUGGGCGAGCUUGGCGACAGAAUGGAGGAUUGGGAGAUUGAGAGAUUGUUCUCCGGGCAGUUUACAGAUCGUCAAGGCAGAUUCAACUAUACAGAGUUUGCCAAAGUCCUUCGAGUCAAUGACGGAGAGCCAGAACGGGAUGACAAGCUGGCAGUCUAAAGAUGACCUAAUGACACCCCUGUACGACCUAUGACGACUACAUGCAUCUUCAUCUGGACCA